CUUAUAGCGCAUGCGCAGUAGCUUUGCGACGGGUAAUUUGCAACGAUUUUUUUUCGGGGAUAGGGGCAAAAUGAAGCCUCCAAAAAACGUAUUUAGAGGCGUGCGAGACAGAAGUAUUGGAAUAAGAAGGAAGCCUGGAAGAAAUGAUAUCCUGAAAAAUCAUGCAGAUUUUAUUGGUGCCAAGUAUUCAUCCCAAAUCGUACCUUUGCGGCUUCCGAGCGAUGUCCGCUCCACCUUCCUGGUGAGCUUCAGCUAUGACAGCACCCUCAUGGCCUCGACCCAUGGCAAUCAUCACAUCUACAUCUGGAGGGUCAAGACCAGGAAGUGUAUUCUGACCCUGGCAGGUCACCCUCGAACUCCUUGGACCAUCAUGUUUCACCCCUCCUCCAAGGAGGUCCUGGCCUCAGGGUGUCUCGGAGGCGAGGUGCGCGUCUGGGACCUUCAGGGAAGUAGUGAAAAAUGGUGUUCCCCAAGCCGGACGACCAUCACGUCUCUCUCCUUUCAUCCCCGGGACAGGCUCCUCGCAAUCGCCACGGGCAACCAGAUCUUUCUAUGGGAUUGGAACGAGCCAUCUCCGUUCACCAGCGUGCAGACGAAUAAUACUUUUGAAACUGUCAGAUUGGUGAAGUUUGAUUCUCUUGGCCACUUCCUGUUGACGGGUAUUGCUAAUUUGCUGCCCGAACAAGAUGCCAGCAAUAGUGAUGAGAACACACAAGAUUCCAACCAAGGCUCAGAAGAAAGUGAUCCCGAGCCCCUUGAACCGGACACAUACCCUGCUCCUUCCAUACCAGAGCCAUCUAUACCCCCGGAUAUACUACAAGGACAACAAGGAGAUUCUUCGUUAAAUCGCCCCAUAUCACCGGAGUCCAUGGACACAUUAGAACAAGCGAGGGAGUACGCUGCUUCUGUGACGUUAAAUGCUCUACGAACCCGCCACCAGAGGGGAUUUGUUCCAGGCGUCCCCAUCGAUCCCCCCAACUACCCGAGCAGCUUUGCGCAACCGCUUGGGUAUAUAACCCGCACCAGCCUCCCAACGCACGAUAGCGCUGGGUCAAGCAUGAGGCGACUCCCGGGUUCAUCCAGGGAGCGCAGGAUGAGGCAUUCCGUCGAGUCGUUGUCGAACCUUGCCAAUUUUGCAUCCAACCCUCCUACCAACAGCCUCUCUCAACUCUCCCAGAACCUCACCAAUGAGUUCGCUCUGCCACGCCCUGCCCCCGUGGAAGCAGACUCCCACAGCCCCACCAACGAACACCCCCAGGAGAUCAUCAUUCCCUCCGACGGUUCUUCGGACACCCCUUCCUCGCAGACGGAUGAGCCGGGUCCAGCAGAACCGGUCAUGGUCGAGGUGGAAGGAGAGAAUGUUCAGGUUGCCGUGGUGACGGAUACGCGAGCUGCUCCGUUGUUCCAGCCGAGGGCUGAGAGCGCUUACGUGGGGAGGAUACCUUCCCGUAGACCACGCACACAGCAGAGUGCCGACUCCAGCGGGUCACAUUUCCCUACUGCUCUUAGUCAUGCCUUGUCUGUGAGGGGUAGGAGUGUGGCGAGAUAUCAAGCCCAACUGUCUCGGCGCUCCCUUCCAAGCAAUCUGAGCAUCCCUGGUCGCAGAUUCGGACAGGGUGCAUCUGGGGAUCUUCCAUUAUCGAGAGAGGAGGGGGAAGGUCCACCAUGCCCGGAGGGAUCAUCAAGGCGGCGGAGGGCAGUCCCUCAGCUCAGCCGGCGCUCCCUCCAGGGGCAGUUGAACAUUCCAGGGAGGCGAUACAACCCUGGUGUAAUAGGGGAGCAACCAUUAAGCAGACAGGGGGAUGAGGAUGGCCAGUCUGGGGAGGGACUGCGAAGAAGGAGACCGUCUAGGUUUGGCUUCCACCGUACAGCUCUCAGAAGGCGUGUUCUACACAGUCAUUACAGUACCAGUUUGUUUGAUAACACCCAGCCCCCAUCUCCAUCAGUACAUUACGCAAUCAACAGAGCUAUUGCCAACGCUUUGGCAGGACGAGGUCAGAUGGCCGUUGCAAACAACAUCAGUAAUAGAACACACAGGCUCCAGUGGUGGGACAUGUCAGAUUUUUUUCUCCCAGAUAUUACAGAUGCCCAGAGUAACGUGAUUGUCUCCGAGUGCAAGAUUCAUAAUGAUGCCAGCGUGGAUAUCUCGAGCGAUCGUCGUCUUGCGGCGUUCAUCCCUAGCCACAUGGGGUUUCCCGAUCACGGUGUCUUAGCUGUGUGCUCGCUAGAAAGACAUAACCUGGGAGAAGUGCUCUUUACUAAGAGCUUCGGACCGAAUGCCAUCACUGUGAGUCUGUCUCCCUCCGGCAACUACAUCUUAGUGGGUCUGGCUGCAAGGAGACUACAAUGGCAGAUGUUUCAUGGGUUAAUGGCUGAUGUCUACCAGCUGCAGAAGCCAGAAGCCGGCGAGGACUCGAUGACGUUCGUCAAUCGAAUCAUCCACCCCUUAGACCCCCAGCAGCGGUUGGUAGUCAGUGUGAACAUUGCCCGGUGGAUCCCAAGGCCCGGGGCGGGGCUGGUCUACGGUACCAACAGGGGUGAUCUAUGCUUCUGCACUCCCAAGAUUGACAAUGAAGACGAACCUGUGGUAAGCGAGAGCACGUCGACGUCUGAACCUUCGGAGGCCUCUGCUAAUCAGCUGGACAUGGUGGAGCGACGGCGUAGCUACAGAGAGCUCGGCAUGAUGGCCGUACGACUCUCCAACUCUCAGACGGGCAGUCCGUCGGGCGAGGCCUCUCGCCAGGCAUCGGUGUCCCAGUCCACACAGACUGGGAACAACGUGUUCCAGAACAUGGCCACGCAGACAGACUUUGGGAAUGAGGGCCACGUGGCAGGACGGGAGAGGAUAGCAGAAAGGAGGAGUGAUGUGUUCGAGGCCCUGCGCAGUGGCACUUUUGUGGAGGAGCGAGCGGGAGAGAACAGCGAAGAAAGCGCCCAACGAGCGGAAGAUGAGAGCAGGGAGGAGGAGAUGCAACGUCCGUCCGGAUCGCAUCAUCGUCGGGCAUCGCAUGAUGGCGCAACGGAAGAAAGAGAUGAGAGUAGCGGAAGUACAGCGAAUGUUAGAGGAAGUGUACGAGGAGAAUGCUGUGAUGCCAGCACGGAAAUCACUAAUCAUGACAACCAGUACACUAGAGGACAGGUCGGAUCUAGUGGCAACGAGAGAAAUUCGCGAAGGACGUUCACGGAAGACAACCAUUCAGAAUUAGACAAUGCGUCCAGAACCUCUGAAGGUUCUGCUACCUUUAGCAGGCUAAGCUCUACCAAUGUCACUUGCCAUCAACCGUGCGAAACAAACUCUGCCUAUUUUCCAAGCUCAAACAAUCCAGACGCGAGAAUCAUCUCCCCGCGGACAAUCCCAUCUAGGCGUUUGUCUGCAGACAGGGAUAUCCCGGCAUCCAGUCAUUCAUGCCGGAUGCUUCACCUGGACUCUCAAGACGAGAUGGAAAGCUCACAGCAACCCAACAGUACUUCUCAAGACAAUGGAAUCCGUUCCUCGUCUAUAGGAACGGAGCGGUCGGCGUUUCACGCGGUUGGACCGGGCGGAGACGCAAGCAGCUCUGCGCUGUCAUCCUCAUCCUCGGUGACCACCAUUUCGUAUGGACAUCGCACCCUUAGCAGGGGCCCGAUCAGAUUCAUUGAAUCCAUGAGCCAGGAAUCGGACGGUAGCGACCCCGAGGAACAGAGGAACAUGACGGGCGUCAGUCAGAGUUUGAACUCUAGAGGGCGCUCUAAUCAGAGCAUUAGACAUAAUCUAACUUUAGACUUGACUGCAAGUCAUGUUGUGCAACCCAGUACAAGUGAGGGUCGCUCCCUGGGAGACACUGAAGAAGGUAGUCCGGCCACUUCAGAAAGUCCAAGGUCAAGACUAUCCCAUCAUGUGAUUGAAGGUCAAAGGUCAGCUCAGAAUGUCAGCUCCAGACCUAGAACCCACACAAACCCUAAUAGCCCAAUGAGAAACAGUCAUGUAAACGUGCAGGCCUCGAAUCAGAACACUGAGCAAUUUGUAAGGACUGAAUCCUUACAAGACCAAGAUCAGGACCAGGAACUAGCAUCGGUUCCUAUCCCUGACUUGGUGAGAGGAACUGAAGGGAGGAUACGGGAGGGGGCAAGGGGGCAGGGUCAAGUAACAAUGGAAGUCGAUGAUGAUAUUCUUAACGAAACAGCUCAAGACACUUAGAAUCCUUUUGUUUUCAUGAAUAUCAUAUUAGUCCCUCAAAAAGGAUAUUUAUUUGAACUUUAUCACCUUUUUGCAUUACGGUAAACAUACUCUUGAGACAUGUUUAAAAACAAUUAUUUCUAGAGAGAAAUUGUUACAUUAUUCUACAUUUUUUAUUCAUGUAUUACUUAAGGGUAGUAAUUUCUGUGAUUAUUCAAGCUAGCACAGUUCAAAUUGUCAAAACUUUGAUGGUUAUUUCUGCAAGCCAAAAUAUAAUUCUCCAUAUUUUGUAAGUUAUCUUAUUUAUAACCUCAAAUUAAGAGGAUUCUGAACCUUUUUUGGUAGCUUUUCUUUUUUUAAUAUUCAAUUUCAAUUUUUUUAUUUCAUUAAGUGCUUGCCAUUCGAUUUUAAUGUUUCCCAUUUGCAAGUUAAAUAGAUAAGUGCUUGCAUACAUUGUUGUGUUGACCUGAUAUGCAGGAAAAAUCAUGAAGUGGAAAACAAAAGUGGCACAAUAGAUAUUGGACUAUUUCUUUUUAGGAAGUUUUGUUUUCUUAAUGCACUUACCGGUAUAUGGAAAAACCCUGCAAACCAAAUAUGAUUUUUUUUUUUUUUACAUCAAAAACAUUUAAAUCAGUGUUAAUAUAUACCGGUGUUAAUUGUUUUAUCAUGGAGCUAAUGGGUAAUUUUGCAAAGACAUUGUGUUCCGCAAAGCAGUCCUUCUGGCAAUUGGUUCAAAAUUGCAAGUGUGGCCAACAGGAGCCUGUGCAGAGAGACGAAGAAAGCAGGCAAAGUGUUAAGUUUAGGUAUCGAAUGUGGUGUAGGGCUGAAUUGAGAAAUUCAAUAAAUAUAGGAUAUUGUUGUUACAGCUUAUAUCGCACAACUAUGCUUUCUGUGCUCCUAAACUGCCAUUUAUCACUGCGAUCAGUCAGAAGAGGAUACGCCAUUUUGGAUUUCAUUUCUGUAAGAUAGUCUUUGAAGAAGA